AUGGCGACGACCAUCACCACAAACGGGGCUCAGAAACACCGCUUCUUAAUCUGGGGCGGAGAGGGCUGGGUUGCAGGACAUCUCAAGACCUUGCUCGACGGCCAGGGCAAGGAGGUUCAUGCGACCACGGUGCGGAUGGAGAACCGGGGGGCUGUCCUUCAGGAGCUGGACCGGAUCCAACCGACACACGUCCUGAACGCGGCCGGCUGCACGGGGCGCCCUAAUGUUGACUGGUGCGAGGACAACAGAGAGGCCACGAUCCGGUCCAACGUCAUCGGCACGCUGAACCUGGCGGACUGCUGCUUCCUCCGACGCGUCCAUUGCACCGUGUUUGCCACAGGAUGCAUCUACCAGUACGACGAGGGCCACCCCUGGGACGGGCCGGGCUUCCUCGAGGCAGACCCUCCCAACUUUGCCGGCAGCUUCUACUCCAUGACCAAGGCACAUCUGGAAGAGGUCAUCAAGCACUACAACAACUGCUUGAUCCUGCGGCUGCGCAUGCCCGUCUCGGACGACCUGCACCCGCGGAGCUUUGUGACCAAGAUCACCCAAUAUGACCAUGUCGUGGACAUCCCGAACAGCAACACCAUCCUGGCGGAUCUGCUGCCCGCCUCGAUCCUGCUGGCCGAGCACGGCGAGGUGGGCGUCUACAAUUUCACCAACCCGGGCACCAUCUCACACAAUGAGGUGCUUUCGCUCUUCCGGAAUAUUGUUCGGCCGUCCUUCACCUGGAGGAACUUUAGCCUUGAGGAGCAGGCCAAGGUCAUCAAGGCCGGGCGCAGCAACUGCAAGCUGGAUACCUCCAAGCUGGUCUCCAAGCUGACGGAGUAUGGCUAUGAGGUGCCUGAGAUACACGAGGCGUAUAGGAGGUGUUUUGAGCGGAUGAAAGCGGUUGGGAUCCAAUAA